GUUUAAUUGUGUAGCUAGUGGUAGUGAUAAUGUAUUAUUUGCAUUUUCUUUUCGUAUUGUUUUUUUUUUUUUAAGCCAGUCCAGUGAGAAGCUAAAACUAGGAUGUACCACAUCAUUACUAUAAUAAUAAUAAUAAUAAUAAUAAUAAUAAUAAUAAUAAGGGUUAUACUAAUGCAUUUAAAAUAGUUUCGCCAGGUUUUUAAAUUUGCUUUACCAUGCUUUCGCUAUGCUUUCUUCCACUUUGCUCUGGAAGCAUUUAAAAAGGGCAGGUUGAUUUCACAGUCACACAUCAUGUAAAUGCAGGAGCUCAUGUGCACUGAAAUGUAUCAUUGCCUUUCCGUGGAAUACAAACUGCUGUUCCUUAAGGGAAAAAAGGAUACAAAGUUGUACUUGCUGCUGAAGUUCAAUUUGCGAGCGGUUUAGCCAUGCCCCCGAAGAAGUGACUCAUAACUGCUAGAACGCUGGGCAGUGUGUCGGGGGAGGACCACAGUGAUGAAGAGCUCCAGCUGAGGUCCAGUCUGCAGGUGGAUGGUAAAGCUACUGCUUGCUCAAGACCAUCGGAAGAAGAUGGAGAAGAUGGCGCGUGUGACCACGUCUCUGGGCAGCAACACCAUCAGCGGGUGCACCAUGUUCUGCCACCUGGACGCCCCCGCGAACGCCAUCAGCGUGUGCCGCGACGCCGCUCAGGUGGUGGUGGCCGGCCGCAACAUCUUCAAGAUCUACGCGUUGGAGGAGGAGCAGUUCGUGGAGAAGCUAAACCUGCGCGUGGGCCGCAAGCCCUCCCUCAACUUCAGCUGCGCUGACGUCAUGUGGCACCAGAUGGACGAGAACCUGCUGGCCACGGCGGCCACCAACGGCGCGGUGGUCACGUGGAACCUGGGCAAACCGUCCCGCAACAAGCAGGACCAGCUGUUCACGGAGCACAAGCGGACCGUCAACAAGGUCUGCUUCCACCCCACCGAGGUGCACAUGCUGCUGAGCGGCUCGCAGGACGGCUACAUGAAGUGCUUCGACCUGCGCAGGAAGGAGUCAGUCAGCACCUUUUCAGGGCAGUCUGAAAGCGUGAGGGACGUGCAGUUCAGCAUCCGGGAUUACUUCACGUUCGCUGCAUCCUUUGAGAACGGGAACGUGCAGCUGUGGGAUAUCCGGCGCCCUGAUCGAUAUGAGAGGAUGUUCACAGCGCACAACGGGCCGGUCUUCUGCUGUGACUGGCACCCUGAAGACCGGGGCUGGCUGGCGACGGGUGGUCGUGACAAGAUGGUUAAAGUGUGGGACAUUACGACGAACCGUGCCAAGGAGAUCCACUGCGUGCAGACCAUCGCCUCGGUGGCACGUGUGAAGUGGCGGCCGGAACGCAAGUACCACCUGGCCACCUGCUCCAUGAUGGUGGACCACAACAUCUACGUGUGGGACGUGCGCCGGCCGUUCAUCCCCUUCGCCACAUUCGAGGAGCACAAGGACGUCACCACGGGCAUCGUGUGGCGCCACCUCCAUGACCCCGGCUUCCUGCUGUCGGGCUCCAAGGACAGUACCCUCUACCAGCACAAGUUCAAGGACGCCAGCCGGCCGGUGGACAAGGCCAACCCCGAGGGGCUGUGCUUCGGGCUCUUCGGGGACCUGGCCUUCGCAGCCAAGGAGAGUCUGAUCAGCGGCGGCGGCGACUCCAACCGCAAACCUUACGGGAGCGGGGGGGACCGGCGCUACCCCAUCUUCUUCUUCAAGAAGCCCGACCUCACGGAGCAGUUCGCCCACGAGUCGAGCGCGCUCAGCGUCUUCGAGACGGACCUGGAGAGCAGCCGCAUGGACUGGUUUGUCGAGACCGCCCGCCGCUACCUGCUGAGCGGCAAGCCCUUCGGGGAGCUGUGCGACCACAACGCCAAGGUAGCCAAGGAGCUCAACCGACCCCAGGUGUCAACAACCUGGACCAUGCUGAGGAUUAUGUAUUCAGAUCCAGGGAACCUCGCUACAGCCACAAGCAUUAGUAAAGGGGGAUCCAUACCUCUCAUGAACAGCUUCAAUAUGAAGGAGAUUGCUGCAGGUGGUCUGGGGAGCGAGAGCAGGCUGGAUCGGGGGAAAGGGGAGAUUCGGCAGGACACCAUCCACCUGGACCCAGGAAACUCCCUAAUCAACAACAACGACGAGAACGAGGAGACGGAGGGCAGCGAGGGUCCAGCGGAUUACCUCUUUGGAGACGCAGAGCUUGAGGACGAUGACCUGUACCCGAUGGAGCACGAGAACCCAACGGCGGAGGAGGCUGAGUACAGCCUGCCCCAGGAGGCGUUCCCUCUGCGCCACGAGAUCGUGGACAACCCCUCCGUGCCUGAGCACCUGCAGGACAAGGUGGACUCGCCCCACGUGAGCGGCAACGAGGCGGAGGCGGUGUGCCUGACCCCCAUCAAGUCCUUCUCCCUCAUCUCCAUCUCCCAGCCCCUGUACGAGAGCCACCUGCCGGCCAGCUUCUUCAGCCCCGUGGUGCGCGAGAUGCUGCAGCACUACGCCGAGGCCGGCGACGUGCAGAUGGCCGUGUCCGUGCUCAUCGUCCUGGGAGACCGCAUCCGCAAGGAGGUGGACGAGCUCACGCAGGAGCACUGGUACACAUCGUACAUUGACCUCCUGCAACGUUUCGAGCUGUGGAACGUCUCCAACGAGGUGAUCAAGCUCAGCACCAGCAGCGCCAUCAACUGCCUCAACCAGACCUCCACCACCCUCCACAUCAACUGCAGCAACUGCAAGAGACCCAUGAGCAACAAGGGCUGGAUCUGCGACAGGUGUCACCAGUGUGCCAGUAUCUGCGCCGUGUGUCACCACGUGGUGAAGGGGCUCUUUGUCUGGUGCCAGGGCUGCAGCCAUGGGGGGCACCUGGAGCACAUCAUGAACUGGCUGAAGAGCAGCUCACACUGCCCGGCCGGCUGCGGGCACCUGUGUGAAUACACCUGAGAGCCCGCUGGGGUACCGUUCACAUUGAACUCAACCGCAGGACAUUUGGAAACUAGCAGAAAGGAGAGGUCUUUUAACAGAAGGCUGAAAGCAAAAAAAGUAUGAUGUACAUUUGGAAGUCAAACUGAAGUUUUCAACAACAAAAAAAAUUAAUGUUUUUUUUUUUCUCUUAACCAGUUGGGUUCACUUUACCACACACCAGAAUUCCUCAACCAUAUUUCACUCCAAGUAAAAUAAUUAAAACAGAACUACAGUAAUAAGGGACAAUGUAUAUACAGUGUGUACAGGAGAGACUUUAAAUAAACACAAAGCUGUAUAUUUCUAGUUUCAAAACAUGAAACAGUUUUUCUUUUUUUUUUUUUUCGGUGCCCAAAACUGCAUCUAUUUCUCAGACUGAUAAUGGAUUUCCAGGAAGAACAGAACAUGCUAUCAGUCCUGUUCCAAUUUGGAUGCAUCUCAAGGGCUGAUAAUUGGCUUCCAUCCAGUUCUGGGAGACCUCUUGGUUAUUUACCUCCACUCUCCCUGGAACACAGUGCGUACAUACAGACACACGUACACACACUCUCACACUACACAGGGGGGGAGCGGCCUAGUUUUACAAUAAUGACACUUUUAUAUAGCAGUUUGUAACAAGUCCCUGUCACACUUUCAUACAGACUCACAGUUCCAUAGUACUUUUCUCAUCUGUGGUCGGAUUGAGCCUGGAUUUGAACCUGCAUCCCUGUUCUCCCUGGUCCUGAAUGCUGUAUCGGCUUCCCUCCCAGACUCUUAUCUCUCGGUAUCAAAUCAGAGCCAGCAAUCUGGGGAAACAAACAGUUUUUUGAGUCCCAAAUGCUGAACCUUCCACUGAGUGUUUUAAAGUCCAAAGUAUAAUGCCUACGAUAGCCAGAUAUCACAAAGGCGGCAGCAGUUUCUGUAGGAGAUGCACAGUAAGAUGGACAGAUCUGAGAGCUGGCAUCUCUCUAACCAGCACUAGUAAACUUCAGUGCUCUGCUUUCCUAUGCACAUCUCAGUAUUGCUCCAUCCAGCCUUGUCACCCUCAACCAAAAUAAUCAAAUGUCUAUUCCUGGAUUUGAUUUAUAUCUCAAAGAUUAUAGUUACUUUAGUCUUUCUGUAAAGUUAAAUGGUUCUGGAAGUGGUCAAAGAAAAAGCAUCUGCAACCCGGCGAUUUUUUUAAGGUUUUUGCUAAAUUUGGAGAGUUCUGUUAAUAAACUAAAAUGUACGUUGGGUGCACGUAGUGGGCAUGGGGGGAAUGAGUUUGGUUGUUUUGUUCGUAAUGUAUUUUUUGGUAAAGAGGAAGGAGAGCUUUUUUUU